AUGACAGAAUACGACUAUAGUCCCGAAGGCUAUGAACGAUACCUCGAAACACAGCGACGCAUAUCACGCUGGGUCGACACCGCUGAGGCACAUAGAAACCAGUUCAAAUCACCUUUCGGUGCAAGAUCAGACGUGGACGACAGUGAACGAUGGGAUGGCGUCGAUAGCAAAAGCCGUGAAAGGGAUGAUUAUAGGCAUUCGAGGGGACCAUCACAGUUUUACUAUCCAUCACCGGUACCGCCGCCACCACUACUACUACCACCACCACCACCACCUAUGGUUGCACCUCCAAACCAGACGUGGCAUCAGACACGAGGAGCUUCUGGGGCGUAUCGGCCGCAAGUCGAACUACCUGCUCUCGUUAUUACCACAUCUUCCAAACGUAAAUCGCCCAAGUCAUCGAAAUCACGUCGUUCGCACAAGUCAUUGUCGAGAUCUAAGCAACAGACGUACAUCAUUGCUCCCCCUGUCCCUCCCGUUCCUACGAUCAUAGUACAACCGCCCCCGGGUCAAUACGGCUCUCUGAAUAGCAGCUCAGUGACCUACAUAAGUACUGACCAUACUGGCUAUCCUGUCACUCGCAUGUCGCCGUUGCAUCCAAUACCAGGCUCAGUAUACUCGUACUCCACGCCUCCCCCUAUAGUUAGUCAAUCCCCUGGGUACUCUAACCCACCUCCGAUGAUGUCGCCUUACACUACGCCGGCUGGCAGUCCCUUACUGCCACCCGGCUCUUCCUUUCACCAACAUAAGCGAAUGUGGUAA